UAAGAGCUCACCGCCCCCACCGAGGGCGUAUUUGUCAGUCCGCUCGCGCGAAACAACCCCCGAACUUUAAGUGUCAGUGCGAAUUGUUCUCAUGAGUUCCCUGAAGCCCUGAACAUUUUCCAUCCCAACAACACUCAAGUGUCACUUUUGGAUUUCCAAUAAUAAGAAGCGCAACUACGAAAAAUGGGUAGCAGCGAAGGUCAACAAACCUUUUGUUUGAAAUGGAACCAUCACAAAACAAAUUUAGUAGAGAUCCUCGAGGCACUGAUCAAAGUAGAGACCUACGUAGAUUGCACUUUGGUGGUUGACGACCAAGUCACCUUCAAGGCUCAUAGAGUCGUACUGGCUGCUAACUCUCCUUAUUUUCAAUCCAUAUUGGCAGAUGUACCUAUGGAUCAUUGUAGUAUUUUGUUCCCUGGUGUAAAAGAUUUCGAGAUGCGUGCUCUUCUUGAAUAUAUGUAUACAGGGGAAGUAAAUGUAACACAAGCACAAAUACCUCGUAUCAUGAAGGUUGCAGAACAACUGGAGGUAAAAGGACUAUUUGAUAUGACAGAGUUACGUCGUCGUCCUGGGUCUAAUGAGCGCACUCCUGCGGCUUCUCCGCCGCGUGUGGUACCAGCAGCGCCAUCUAGCGUAUCACCACCAAUGCCUGCAGCGCCAUCUCGUUGGCAUCGUCCACCCAACGUUCCUGCAUUAUCGGCUGCCUACGAAUCUGUAGACAUGAAUCCUUUGAAACGCAAAAAGCUAUCGAGUAUGUUAGCUACACGUGACACACCUAUAUUAAGAAAUGUCCUAGCACAAACGGCUUCUGUAGACUCUUCUCAACCUAUAUCACUAGUUUGUCACCCAGUCAAUCAACACGUACCACCACGUAUUCACUCUAAUGGAUCAGCUCACGAAUCUGAGCGAGCUCCAAGUCCACAACGCGGCUUUGAUUAUCGACCACGUCGAUUGUCCUCAAGAGCCUCUUCGCCUCAUUACAAUAGAUCAGAUCGUUCCGAAGAUGCCCACUCUCCAUAUACAGAACGUUCUUUUGAAGAAGAAAAUAAUCGUAGCUUUCAUCCUUCCUCGCCGCCAUCCAACUUUCAACAAGACGUACGAACAGGAUUGGCACCUUAUGUCCCACCACAACAAAAGCCAGAAUGGAAGCGAUAUAAACAAUACACUAGAUCCGAUAUUAUGUCAGCUAUUGAAUGCGUGAGAAACGGUAUGAGUGCUCUACAAGCCUCGCGUAAAUAUGGCGUUCCCUCACGUACCCUAUACGAUAAAGUAAAGAAACUUGGCAUUACAACAAGCCGUCCCAUGAGUCGAGGUAUAAAGAGAGAAACGAACGGUGCUGCAUUUCCUUAUGGGCUUAGUGGUACUGGGGGUGGAGAUGACGGAGCUCCAGCUACACCUCUCAUCGAUCCGUCUUUUUUACAACAAGCAUUAGAAGGGGCUACAAGGGAUGGCGGUCGGGAAGCCUUGCAUGCUAUGGCUUUAGCAGCUGCUGCUCACGCCGCAUUAACCCCAAGAACACCACCUCGAUCAGCGCCGCAAUCGCCACGGUCACCUCCUCUUGAUGAUGAUCAUGUCGAAGAUCUUUCUGUAUCGCGUCGUCGAGACAUUGAUCCUCCUUCUGGAGUUAUUGUUCCACCACGUAAUUUUGCAUUAGAUUGCAGUAGUGAAAGAGAUUGAACAACAAUAGCAAAUUGAAACAAACAUUCAAAAAGACUGACUUAGGCGUACAAAGUUAGGAAUAAGACAUUUAUUAGACUACUGGUAGGACGCGCCGCGCGCGCACGCCACGCUGACCUGGCGUUUCGGCCGGGCGAUUGCAAUGGGCCCCGCGGCCACUUUUACUCUACCCCUGUUCUUUUCUAUUUAUUUUCUUUGCACCAUCGAAACCUGAUAACGAAAUAAAAUUUCCGUUUGAUGGUGAAAGUGUGCCCUUAUGUGAUUUUAUUUUUGUUUAUUUUCUUACUUUAUUUUUUUGUUUUAUAACAUUUACGUCUCUGUUAAUGGAAUAGAAAAAUAGGUUAGCUUUAAUUAGAAUGUAAUGUGUUAGUUGGAGCUGUAACUUUAUAGGGCCGAAGGGCAGAAAGGUAGCGCCGGCUACGCCGCCGCGCCUCGACCAGGUCCGCCUAGACGAGUUAUUGUGCAAUUUGUUGUCCGCGACUGUGAUGUUUAUAGACUGAAACGCCGCUACUACCUCACGCUCGCUACAAUUUAACUCUAGUCCUCCGCGUCGCAUAAUACCAUAGUAACUUAAAAUAAUCUUCAGCAGAGCCACACGAAGAGUAGGUAUCUGAAUAUAAGUAAAUUCAAAGGAUUGUGUGACGCGGGACGCUCAUGUCAAUAUGAUGCGAAUAGCGAUGUACAUGUAUGUGACAUUUUAAUUCCUAAUAUUACGGGUUUAAUUACUGAUUUGUUAACGAUUGCCAUAAACAUUUUUUGUGUUGUAUGCCUAGUUAUGCUCACUAUGUCAUCAGUAAAUUAAAUAUAUUUAUAAAUAUAGUAGACUUUCUUUAGCACUUGCACAGUCAUUCUUAUUAGAAUAAGUGACAUGAUUUGUAACACUUAGUAAAAUGCUCAAUAUCUUUUCAUAAGUUUAUGGUAAACAAUAUAAUUUCGUCGCCAUUCGCUGUUAUACUUAUUACAAUUUAACUAAGUUAGUUUCUUAUUAGUACGAGUGUCUACAUUACUUUCUAAUAAGAAUCAUUAUAUAUUUAUAUUGUUGUAAAGCUUUGUAAUUAUAUAGAAUAAUAAAUAAUACGUUGUAAGUAAAAAGUACCUAGCACAGAUUCUUCGUGGUUGGUCUAGAUUCACCAUAAUAUAUUACCUUCCACAUUAUUUUUAGUACUGUUGUAUCCAUGUAUUAAUUUGAUAUCUACAUACGUUAACUUCUAAUAAAAUAUAAUGUUAAUUUUAUAAUACUGUUUAAGUUAAUCAUCAUUACUUAUUAUUUUGUAAUUGAUUGGAAGACUGAUUUGUUACUUUAGUCUAGUUCGAAAAUGCCAUAGAUUGAGUAGGUACCUACCUCUAAGUUUCUCUACUUUAUCAUUGCAUAUUUUACGUAAUAUUGCAUGGAAGUAAAAUUAGGUUGGAUCAUAUUUGUAUUGAGUGUGUAGAAGCUACACUUUUGAGGUCUCACUGUGUUGUGCCUUUGUUUGUUUUAGUAAAUAUUAAUGUUAGGACAUUCCAGUAGUGCACUUUCGUGCUAAUGUGUUUUAGAUGAGUUUCAAGUACUUGUAUGUAAGUGGGCUCUUAGAGAAAAUGUGCGAAAUGAAUUCACCCAUAUCGUUAUUUUAGUGCCUAUCGUAUGUACCUCAUGAUUAUAUUGAAGCGAUGUUAUGUUAUAUAUACCCCACUAUUGUGCCUAUAAAUAUAUUAUUAAGUAUACUUAAUGUUAUGCACUUUUAUUCAUCAAUUUAGUUAUGAAUGCAAAACAUUGUAUGUAUGUACUUUACGUAGUUGUUUAAUGUAUGGACACACCUGAGUUAUUUUAAAUCGAGUUUAUCUCGUACCUACAUAUUAUAAGAACUCUAUA